AUGGAAGCCCUUCGGCGGGAGGCACACCGCCUGGAAGCCGACCUUGAGGUCAAGACACAAUCGUACUCGAGGCUGGCCCAGCGGGUGAACUCGGACAUCCUCUACGAUGCAGAGGACCCAGUGGAUAGCACCCAGGAGCAGCUCUUGGCGGGGGAGAUUGACGAGCUUCUAUCCGCGCUGGGAGAUUGCAACGAGCGAAUGGGCGCUAAGGUUGCUAAGGGGGCACGCAAGGCAGACUCGGCCAUGCUGCAAAGAUAUCGGGAGAUCCUGUUCGACUUCUCAACGGAGUUCAAGAAGACUUCCGCGGCGUUGCAGCGCAAGAGGGACACUACGGAGCUUUUCAAGUCGUCCAGGGCCGAUCGCGGCGGGGGCGAUGGGACGGGGGAUUUCGAGCAGGAGCAUCUCCUCCGGGAGCAGAACGCCAUCCACAACUCUCUCCAGAGCGCCACGGGUGUGCUAGGGCAAGCCGCGGAGGCGAGGGAAAGCUUAAGGCAUCAGCGGGCUACCCUGGGAGCCGCAUCGUCGACAUUGUCGUCCAUGCAGAACCGUUUCCCGGCAAUAAACCGAGUGGUAGAGGCGAUCCAGAAGAAGAAGGCCAAGGACCGAUUGAUCAUCGCGGCCGUCAUGGCCGCCUGCAUAUUCUUCACGUUCUGGUACAAGGGCUGGCUCUUGUAG